GUAGUAGUUUUGAUUAAAUAAAAUGAGUUAAAUUGUAGGACCUGUAGUUGAGUAAACUAUUGUACCAGAUGGAUUUAUUUUAGAACAAAAUUCAAAAACCUUAAUGGUGACGAUAAACAGACCAAAUUAAGCUAAUAGCUUCACAUUAGGAAUGUACUUAUAAUUUGUAGACAUUCUUAAAAAAGCAGCCGAAGAUGAUAAUGUACAAUAAUAAAUUAUAUAUUAAAAGGUUGAUGUUGUACUGGUUAAGGGAAAUGGAAAAAUGUUUAGUUCAGGUAAUGAUAUGAAAAACUUUUCAUUAUUUACUCUUACAACCGAAGAGGUAAUGUAAUGUUCUAGAUUGUUUUAGUAAAGGGUUCAAUUCGCAACUGAAUUAGUAGAAUUGAUUCGAGGAUUAAACAAUGCUAUAUUACAUUUUCCAAAGACUCUGAUAGGAUGUUGUCAUAAUGGUGUAUUUGGUUUCUUAUUCCCAAUGUUGGCUCUAUUUGAUUAAGUACUAGUGACAGAAGACUGUUAUUUUGUAGCUCCAAUGAUAUAACUUGGAUAGGUAUAUAUUUAUAGAAUAAAAAUAAAUGAAUAGGGUCACGAGAUGUUUUCAUCAUAUACAUUUCCAAGAAUAUUUGGACAUAGUAAAGCAUUUAGUUUGAUGGUAAAUGGAGAGAGACUGUCAUCUAAAGAUGCAAUAUAAUAUGGAUUUGCAUAGAGAAUGUUUAAAACAAAAGAGGAGAUGUAUACUAAUGCUUAUAAAUUAUGUGAAUAACUAGAAUAGAUGGAUAGGAACAGUGUAAUUAAUGGGAAAUUAUUAAUGAGAGAAGCGUUGAUGAGCGUAUGAUAAUAAUAAUAAAUAAAUAGGAAUUGAAUAAAGCUGGAGAGAGAGAACUAAAAGUUAAUUUUAAGAUAUGGUCUUAAGAGAAUUUGUUAGAGAAUGUAAUGAAAUAGAUGAUGAGAAUGAGAUCAAGAUUGUGAAAUGAUUUUAUAUAAAUAACAAAUUUAAU